UCUACAGAAACUGUGUGCAUCAAUCUCUUGUACAUAAGGGAGCCUGUUUCAAUCCCCAGGCCCCUGCUGUGGGCCUCUGAGGAGAGGAAGAGACUUGCCCCUGCUGCCUCAGGAGCACAGCGUUGUCUAGCUUGGGUAGGCACUGAAACAACCCUUCAUUCUUUACUGGCCAGUGAGCUUUGGAUCUUCUGGAGAAAUUCCCUGUCUUAAUGUUGGGAGCUCUGCAGUAUGAAGGGACAGUGUCUCAACUUCUCCCUUGCCUGGCUUUCCCAGCCCUCUGAGCCGUUCCUCUCCACUGCGUAGGCAACCGUAGGCAGCUGGAGUCAGAGGCCUCACAUUCCCAGCAGAUAACAGGAAUCCAGUUGCUGUCAUCGCUCUAGAAGCCUGGGAUGGAGGAGUACCACCCCUGCGGGUCUUGGGACUUUCCUUAUUGUCCGUAGUCAUGACUUGAGACAAAUACUGGAUUCCUAGGACUACAACUGAGUGGAGGUGACUUCCCAUGGGCCUCCAGAGACGGAGUCCAGGGCCUCUUCUGACCGGCCUGUCUGUAGGGCUGCUACUGCUUUUCAGUCAGACAAACCUUGCCCACCCCACCGACCUCUCAGCACUGGCUCACCAUCCCAAUUUGUGCCAGACCACACGGGACGCUGAAGGCCGCCACUACCCAGGCUUCUUCUGUCCGCGCCUCUCUGAUACUCCUGAAGAAGCCUACUGCUGCCACCUUCAGGCUGCCGGGCGUUCCUGCUGUACCCGGGAUGAAUUUGAGGCCCUGUACCAAGUAAACUUGUCUUCUCUCCAGCCCCCACCCAUCCUCAGGGGCCCAGGCCCGCUCCUAGCACUGGGCCUCUACAGUCUACUUCUGAUGGCACUGAUGACAGCAGACUUCGUGCACUUCUGCCGCGGUCGGGGAAGGAGAGAAAGUCUAAACUCCCGCAGCCGCGGCCUUCGCUUUCGGGGCUCUGCUGCGCGCCCCCUACGGGUCCCAGUGGGAACAGACUAGACGCUCCUAAAGCGUCGCUGAGCCUGCGCCCGCGCCUGCGCAAUGCAGCCGAGCACCCGCCCUUGCACAAAAGCGACCUCUUCUUGGCCUCGCCUUCUUUGGCGUAACCCUGACGCAUUUCUGGGGCGGAGCAGCUCCCGGCAUCUUCUCGAGCCCAGAGCCACCUUUGCUCCAGAGAGAGCGCCUGCGCCGGCUCUGGAGCUCAGCUUCGCGAUGACUGCCAGCUCAGCCGAGCAGCUGCGGAAGGAGGGGAACGAGCUGUUCAAAUGCGGAGAUUACGAGGGUGCCCUGACCGCCUACACCCAGGCCCUGAGUCUCGGCGCGACGCCCCAGGACCAGGCCAUUCUGCACCGAAACCGGGCUGCUUGCCACCUCAAGCUGGAAGAUUACAAUAAAGCAGAGUCAGAGGCGUCGAAAGCCAUUGAAAAGGACGGUGGGGAUGUCAAAGCCCUUUAUCGCCGAAGCCAAGCCCUAGAGAAGUUGGGCCGCCUGGACCAGGCUGUCCUUGACUUGAAGAGAUGUGUGAGCCUCGAGCCCAAGAACAAAGUUUUCCAGGAGUCCCUGAGGAACAUUGGGGGCCAGAUUCAGGAGAAGGUGCGGUACAUGUCCUCAACAGAUGCCAAAGUAGAACAGAUGUUUCAGAUACUGUUGGACCCCAAAGAGAAAGGCACAGAGAAGAAGCAGAAGGCUUCUCAGAACCUUGUGGUGCUGGCCCGAGAGGAUGCAGGUGCUGAGAAGAUCUUCCGGAGCAAUGGGGUUCAGCUCCUGCAACGCCUGCUGGACACAGGAGAGACUGACCUCAUGCUGGCAGCGCUGCGCACGCUGGUCGGCAUUUGCUCUGAGCACCAGUCGCGGACAGUGGCAACCCUGAGUGUCCUGGGGACUCGGAGAGUAGUCUCCAUCCUGGGUGUGGAGAACCAGGCCGUGUCACUGGCAGCCUGCCACCUGCUACAGGUUAUGUUUGAUGCCCUCAAGGAAGGCGUCAAGAAAGGCUUCCGAGGCAAAGAAGGCGCCAUUAUUGUGGAUCCUGCCCGCGAGCUGAAGGUCCUCAUCAGUAACCUCUUGGAGCUACUGACGGAGGUGGGAGUCUCCGGCCAAGGCCGUGACAAUGCCCUGACCCUCCUAAUUAAAAUGGUACCCCGGAAAUCUCCGAAGGACCCCAACAACAGCCUCACACUCUGGGUCAUUGAUCAAGGUCUGAGAAAGAUUCUGGAGGUGGGGGGCUCCCUGCAGGAUGCUGCUGGGGGGCUCACAGUGACGCCCAACAGCCGCAUGAGUGCCUCCAUCCUCCUCAGCAAGCUGUUUGACGACCUCAAGUGUGAUGCAGAGAGGGAAAACUUCCACCGCCUCUGUGAGAACUACAUCAGGAGCUGGUUUGAGGGCCAAGGGCUGGCCGGCAAGCUGCGAGCCAUCCAGACAGUGUCCUGCCUUCUGCAGGGCCCGUGUGAUGCUGGCAACCGGGCCUUGGAGCUGAGCGGUGUCAUGGAGAGUGUGAUCGCUCUGUGUGCCUCUGAGCAGGAGGAAGAGCAAUUGGUGGCAGUGGAGGCCCUGAUCCACGCAGCCGGCAAAGCCAAGCGGGCCUCGUUCAUUACUGCCAACGGCGUCUCCCUGCUCAAGGACCUGUACAAGUGCAGCGAGAGGGACAGCAUCCGCAUCAGAGCGCUAGUGGGACUCUGUAAGCUUGGAUCAGCUGGAGGGACUGACUUUAGCAUGAAGCAGUUUGCUGAAGGCUCUACUCUCAAACUGGCCAAGCAGUGCCGAAAGUGGCUAUGCAAUGACCAGAUUGAUGCGGGCACUCGUCGCUGGGCCGUGGAAGGCCUGGCUUACCUCACCUUUGAUGCCGAUGUAAAGGAAGAGUUUGUGGAGGAUGAGGCCGCCCUGAAGGCCCUGUUCCAGCUCAGCAGGUCCGAAGAGAGGUCAGUGCUCUUUGCAGUAGCCUCGGCGCUGGUCAACUGCACCAACAGCUACGACUAUGAGGAGCCUGAUCCCAAGAUGGUGGAGCUCGCCAAGUAUGCCAAGCAGCACGUUCCUGAGCAGCAUCCUAAGGACAAACCAAGCUUUGUGCGGGCUCGUGUGAAGAAGCUGCUGGCAGCGGGUGUGGUGUCAGCCAUGACGUGUAUGGUGAAGACGGAGAGUCCCGUGCUGACAAACUCCUGUAGGGAGCUGCUUUCCAGGGUCUUCCUGGCCUUGGUGGAAGAGGUGGAGGAUCGAGGUACCGUGGUUGCCCAGGGAGGGGGCAAGGCUCUGCUCCCGCUGGCCCUGGAAGGCACUGAUGUUGGGCAGACAAAGGCAGCCCAGGCUCUUGCCAAACUUACCAUCACCUCUAACCCGGAGAUGACCUUUCCUGGUGAGCGGAUCUACGAAGUGGUCCGGCCCCUCGUCUCCCUGUUACACCUCAACUGCUCAGGACUGCAGAACUUUGAGGCGCUCAUGGCCCUGACGAACCUAGCAGGGAUCAGUGAGAGGCUCAGACAGAAGAUCCUGAAGGAGAAGGCUGUGCCCAUGAUUGAGGGCUACAUGUUCGAGGAGCAUGAAAUGAUUCGCCGGGCAGCCACAGAGUGCAUGUGUAACUUGGCCAUAAGCAAAGAGGUGCAGGAUCUCUUUGAAGCCCCGGGCAACGACCGGCUGAAGCUGCUGGUGCUGUACAGCGGCGAGGACGAUGAGCUCCUGCGGAGGGCUGCUGCUGGCGGCCUGGCUAUGCUCACCUCCAUGCGGCCCUCGCUCUGCAGCCGCAUCCCGCAAGUGACCACACACUGGCUGGAGAUCUUACAGGCCCUGCUUCUCAGCCCCAACCAAGAGCUCCAACAUCGAGGUGCUGUGGUGGUGCUGAACAUGGUGGAGGCCUCAAAGGAGAUCGCCAGCACCCUGAUGGAGAGUGAGGUGCUGGAGAUUCUGUCGGUGUUGGCGAAGGGUGAGGAGAGCCCAGUCACCAGGGCUGCUGCAGCCUGCCUGGGGAAAGCAGUGGAAUACGGCCUCAUCCAACCCAACCAGAAUGGGGAGUGAGCAGUGUGCCCCCCCGCCCCCCCCUCCCGCCGCAGCACUGAGAGUCAGCACAGAAGCAGCUUUGGCCAACAGGGCUGGGAUGCCGGGCGCCUGCCUGUCUUCCACAGCCACACUUUGGUGUUGUCUGUUUUGGGAGAUCACACGCCACACAGCCCUGCUCUGCCAGCACCCAGGAGGGCCCUGUGUCUGUAGUGAGCUGGGAACGGACACAGUGCACCACAACUCACACCUGUGGGUUAUGGGCGUCGAGAAGGGCACAGCACCCUCACCAGCUGUGGGCACCAGCAGAGCCUGCCAGCAGCCUCAUCCUCUAAUAAAUCGUGUGGGACUGGA